AUGAGUUCAGCCGUUCAUUCCGGCACGCAUUUGCUCGACAGUUUUAUUCAAGCGUCAGCCGCAUACCUUAUUCCCGGCGCUUGUUUAUUCGCCAACCUUGCUGCCUACCUCAACAAAGAUGAUAUCAAGCCUUACGAAAUUCUUGGUCUGAACGUCUUUGCCAACCUUGUCCUACUCUAUGCCUACCUCCGAGGCGAUCGAGCCGCUCCUGGUGCUCGAUGCAGCGAUGCCCAACGCCGUGAUGCUGCAUCAUCUUGA